AAGCGGGCUCCCAGCAAGGCAGGCAGCUCCCAGACAGAGCCAGUGAGGAAGAUGAAGCUCCCGAUUUUCAUAGCAGAUGCGUUCACAGUGACAGCUUUCCACGGUAAUCCUGCCGCAGUCUGCCUGCUGGAGAGCACAUUGGAUGAAGAUGCUCAUCAGCAUAUUGCGAGGGAAAUGAACCUCUCCGAAACAGCUUUCGUCCGAAAACUGCAACCAACUGACAACUUCACACAAAGUUCCCGAUUCGGACUGAGGUGGUUUACCCCAGAGGCUGAGUUUCCCUUGUGUGGCCACGCCACCCUGGCUUCUGCAGCUGUGUUGUUUCACAAAAGAAAGAACGUGAACAGCACCCUGACCUUUGUCACUAUGAGUGGGGAACUAAAGGCCAGAAGAGCAGAAGACGGGAUUGUCCUGGACUUUCCUCUCUACCCAACCUUCCCCCAGGACUUCCAUGAAGUUGAAGACUUGAUAAAGGCAGCCAUAGGUGACACCGUAGUCCAGGACAUCCGGUACUCCCCAGAUACCAAAUCUCUCCAGCCCCGGCUCAGCGAUUCUUAUGACAGGUCCUUUCUAGAGAGCCUGAAGGUGAACACAGAGCCUCUGCCUGGAAUUGAGAAGACAGGAAAGGUGAAAGGCCUCAUCCUCACUGUCAAAGGAGAGUCUGGGGGGCAGACGACCCCGUAUGACUUCUACUCCAGAUACUUUGCGCCUUGGUUUGGUGUACCUGAAGACCCGGUAACAGGGUCCACCCACACUCUUCUUGGCCCCUACUGGUCUGAGGAGCUGGGGAAGAAAGAAAUGCGAGCCUUUCAGUGUUCCUGCCGAGGAGGGGAGCUGGACAUUUCCCUGCGACCUGAUGGGCGGGUUGACAUGAAGGGCGGAGCCGCUGUUGUCUUGGAGGGCAUGCUGACAGCCUAGAGAUGCUUAUGCUGGGCUUGCAGCUCAACUCUUCUCUACAGCCAAGAACCCAACCCAACCCAACCAAACAGCACCAAGUGGUGCCCUCAGUCCUCUCGUGAAGACCAGAGAAGGGAAGACAUUUGAUGGAGGUGCUGAAUCCUCUCCUGAUUCUCCAGAAUCCUCUCCUGGUGGUGGUGGUGGGCUCCGGGCUCUGCCUGUGUAUGCAUCUUCAGUCCCUAUAGCAGACACGGAUGCUGUCCCUUCUUUUGAUUAUGACUGCCAAAGCAAGAGAUGCAUUGAUAAGGAGCCAGAUGAAAUUUAGAUUUAGGUGUGGGUGUCUUAUAGAAGUUUUGUUUUUUUUUUUCCUGAGACAGUUUCUCUGUGUAGCCCUGGAACUCUGUAGACCAGGCUGCCCUCUGGAACUCUGUAGACCAGGCUGCCCUCUAACUCACAGAGAUCUGCCUGCCUCUGACUCUAGAGUGUUGGAUUAAAGGCAUGUAUCACCACCAAAAGGUUUCUGAUAGAUUUUACACACGCACGUAUGUAUGUAUGUAUGUAUGUAUGUAUAUAUGUAUGUAUGUAUGUAUAUGUGAAUUGAAUGACAGAGUCUUAUGGUAUAGCCCUGGCUGGGAAGAAACUCUAUGUAGAUCAGGCUCACCUCCAACUUGACAUCUGCCUGCCCUGCCUUAAGUGCUAGGUUAAUGGUGUGCCCCAUCAUGCCCAAACUCACAAUCUUUUUAAUAGACCCAGUAACUCUGUGGAAAUAAUACUAAAGAGAGUGGACGGUAAACUGCUGCAGAGGCUUCACUAUGGCUGUGUUGAAUAUGGAGUCACGUGACUGUAAAGACAGCAAGAGGAGACAGCUCAUGUGGAAAGAUUCAAAGGAACAUCAAUGUUUAAGAAACAAAUCCUUUUAGAAGUAACAAUCAGGACAAUCCCAGGAAAUUAAAACAGUAUGUAUUUGAUUUGGUUGUGUCAUGAUAAAUAUACAUACUAAGAGUGUAUGAGCCAAAAUCCUUCCCUCCUGUGUGGCUUAGAAUGGCAAUGUCUUCUGUUGUUUAAUAAAGCAUGAUUUAACAGA